UGCGCCCUCUUCCCAUUGCUGGUGGGGGAGGCCCGGGUCCCCCUGGCCCAGCGCAGGGACCUGCCAGACCUUUGGGUGGGUGGAUCUGAGCCCCCCGGCGCCCAGGAAGGGCGUGGCUGGGGCCCGGAGCCAGCUGGCUCCGCGGCCCUCGUUCAGGGCGGUUCUGCUGCCAAGGAGGGAGCCCUCGGUGGCAGGGUGCCCCAGGCCGGGAGGGCUGAGCCAAGCUGCCCCUCCUUGGGCUUUGCAAAUCUCCCUGCCGUUCCCCCCGCCCCGGUUCGGUCUUGUCUCCGCUGAAUGUUUCCCGGAAGGCGGGAGCCCCUGGGGCUAGCUCGAGGGGGCCGAACGCCCAGCGUAGCGACUGUAGCAGUUUUGUCCGUCUUCGUUCCGCUCCUUUCUCCCCGAGCGGCAGGAUCUGAUCCAAGCCGCCAAGCCCGGCCGUCUGCCUGGGGCUGUGAUCGGGUGAGGGGCGCUGGCCCGGCAGGUCCUCCCGGUUCCCCCAGGCGUUGGGGUGACUCCGGACACGGAGCACGAGGACAGCCGGCGCUAUGUGCCCAGCGCUUCUCACCACUCCAUGCGAUGCUGGCGCUGGGCCCUGUUCCGAGUUUGCUGUAACCUCACGAAUGAGCCCAUCCCUCCCUGGGCCAAUCUCACCCCUCGCUCCCUGUCGGCUCCCCGCUUCACCCCCCGGGCAGCUGGGCAGGUGCAGGGAGCGGGAUUUCAGCCCGUCCACCCCCUGGGACCUGAAGAGCCAGGCAACGAGGCCUGAGUUCCCGUUCUGGGCCGGGCCCCUCUGGGAGAAGACACCAACCUGCUAGAGAGGCAAUGCCCGUGGCCUUUCUGGGCCCCCGUUGUGCCACGGGGACGAUCUGGGCAGAAACAGGCCUGGACCCCCUACCCUGCUGUGGCGUCUGCCUAGGCGUUGCUAAAGGGCCCAUCACCUUCCUGUCUGGGCUGCUGCCGCAGAAGCUGAGCUCAAAGCUCAUCUGUGUCGUUGCUUCACAGAGGUCGCAGGGUCUCCAUCCCCCUUUCCCGGCGCCCCCAGACAAUGACCCUGCGGUUCGGGGUGUUCUGAACCCAGCCCCGGUUCAGUGACUGGUCCCAGGGGGACACUAACCCACGAGGACCCCCAUCCCACUACCGAGGGAGCGAUCAGCAAACCGACCCUGUCCACCUAACGCCGCCCAUGCAGCCGCCCGGGGACCUUAACAAGCCGUGGGCCAGUUCUGGGCACGCAGCCAGGGCAGCUGGCAAAACCCAGCCUCCGGAGUUGGCUGCACAUGCGCACGGGCGGGAGCUGCUUUCGCUUUCCAUCCGACUGGGGCUUGCUCUGGCUGGACUUGGUUGGCACCGAUGUCCCACAGCUCCUUAGCUCCCCUGGGACGGGCAGCUUCCCCAGCCCAGAGUUUGUCGGGGGCUGGACAGGCCGCUGCGGGCCAGGCUCCGUGGGGCGGCGUCCAGCCAGGGCUGCUUGUCUAGGGUCUGGCAGCGGCACUUCCUCCCCUCUCGGUCUCGCUGUUGCUUUUCCCCGGCAGGGUGGAGAGGAAGGAAGUUGGGUGCCUGCCGCAGAGUCGGUGCGCUCGGGCCUGGGCUACGGCACGUAGGCCGGAGGAUCUCAGGGCGAGCUGACCCCCGGAUCGGCGCCAAGGCCAUGAGCGAGUGAGCGGGUGUCCUCGUGGGGCGGAUCCUGGGCGCCAGUGAGGUCAGGGAGAAUCCAGGCUGUUCCUGCCGGGAAGCCACCAUCUGUGUGGGGUCACCAUGCAGCGCACCGGGUCCCCCAUCACCACGGAGACCGACAUCGACCUCACCGCCGCGCUGCUGCCUUCGGGGGGGACGCGGAGCCAUCAGCACGCCAUCAAGACGGCCGUCAGCGAGACGGGGGCGCUGCCCGUGCCGGGCUACGAGGGGCCCCCCUCUCCCGCCGGCUGCCGCUGCUGCAGCCUCGCUAAGCUGCAGACGGGACCCCAGCCUGGCGCCGGCUGCCGGCUCUGGAACGCCCCCUACCCCAAGCUGCCCCCGGGGUCCUGCCCGGGGAAGGGCUUUGGCCAGUCCACACUGCCGUUCAGCUUCGGGACCAGCUCUGCGCCCCCGCACCGAGACCCCCGCCUCACACUGCAGCCCAGCGAGCUGCCCACCGGGCCGGCCAGGCUGAGCAGCGGGCCUUGGGGAGAGCCAGGGAGGUGCGGGGGCCUCAAAGGCCUGGAUCUAGAGCUCUGGGAGCCCCCAGAGACCAAGCCAGGGCUGGAGGAUGGGACGGCUCCCCCCUUGGCCUUGGAGAAGCCCCCCAUCCGAGAAGGCUGCUCCCCCUGGGCUGAGGCGCGGCUCUGCCCCGUGCAGCCGGGACGGGAUGUGUCUCCACCAGAGAGUCGCUGUGGGGUCCGGGAAGAGCAGGACUGUGCGGGCGUCCCUCCCAGCGCAGUUCUUGGCCUCUCGGCGGGCAGGGCGGGCACACGCCGGGCUGAGGGCGCAGGCCGUGGGCGUGACCCCUUGACAUCGGAAACAGCAGCCAAGCCGCGGCGGGACGGCAGCAUCGCGCUGAGCGAGGGCACGAGGGAGCUGGUGAUCGGCCGGGAAGGGACACGGGACAUCCCCCAUCCAGUGGGGAGCGGGCUGGCCCCGUGUGCCCCCCCUGAGCCAGAGCCCACCUCAGCAGACCCACGGGAAGAGGAGCUGCCGCUGGAAGGUCCUGGCAGGACAGAGGAGGAGGCAGUUACGAGUCGGCCCCGGGGCACUGAGCUGGGGAAGCGGCCGGGGACCAGGAGCUCUGUUGGCUCAGCUGGCCCGGGCCGUGAAAGCAGCCAGCCCGUCUCCCAGGAGCCGGCCAGCCAGGCCCAGCAAAUCGGGGACCUGGGGCCCGCGGGUGCCAGCGCUCCCACUAAGACGUCCGUGGAGGACGCCUACGGGAGGCUCACCAAGGCGUGCGGCCUGUCCCUCCUGGAGGAGCUGAGACGGACGUUCCUGGACGCCGAGGGCGGCUGCUUCUCGCUCCUGGAUUCGGGCCUGGUCUUGGGACGAGUGGAGGAGCAUGCGGCGCUGGGGCUGGCUAUCCUGCCCAUGCGGGAUGGGCGGAAGCUGGCCACGACCCUGCCCAACUGCAGCCUCUUCCUGUACUACGCUCUGGGCCGGCAGUUCUACGUCACGGAGAAGCUGGCGGAUCGCUGGUUCCGAGCGCGGGACCGGGUCACCGGGGAGAGCAUGCUGAUGAAAAAGGUGCCCGUGGUCUCCAACUGGAGGAAGAUGUUACACAAUUUCCUGUUCCUGCCCCCACACCCCACGCUGCUGGUGCCCUACGCCGUCCUGUACGACCGCAACGGCUCCAUCCUCUACCUCAUGGAGGACAGGAACGUGCACGCGGUGGGGCGGCCGCCCGAGGGGCCCGGCCUGGAGGGAGCUCGAGCCCUGCGGGAGGUGCUGAACUUCCUGAGGUUCUGCAAACGCCACCACUUCCACCCUGGGGACGUCGGCGCAGCCUCCAUCUACACGGCCCAGGGCGUCUGCUUUGACCCCAGCAGCCUGUCCAGCAGCGAGGACCCCUACGCCUUCCGGAAAAGCAUGAGAACCUGCCUGCGCCCGCUGCUGGCCCAGCACCAGGGGCUCGCGGGCCUGGACUCCCUGGUGGACAGCAUGUGCCAGUACCUGGAGGAAGAGGAGAACCCGGAGCCCGGCGACACGCCGAGCAGGGGCAGCCCCAAGUGAGCGGAGCCCAGGCCCCACGGCUGCCCCCCACCGGAGACGGGCUGCAGAGAUGGGCGCGCAUCCCUGGGGUGCCUGGAGGCAGAGCACUGGGAUCCAGCUGUGGACGUUGCUGGCAGGGGCGCCACGGGGUGGGUGGGUGCCCAGGUGUGGAGUACCCGGGGGGUUCUUGCAGCAGGCGGGUUCCGCUGUCUUGCUCCCUGGAGAAACAGGCUCAUUUGCCAGCCCAGCUCAU